AUGAGAGAAGUAGCAAGAUCUUUCCACCGAAAAGCUUUGGGCAAUGGGAGGAAAACUUCAUUCUGGUUUGAUAGCUGGUUUGAUAGAGGUGCUCUUAUUCAUAUUUUAGGUGAACGUGGGUUUGUUGAUCUUGGUAUCAGAAGAGAUGCCACGGUAGAGGAAGCUUUUAUGAUCUCAAGAAGAAGAACAAGACAUCGUUCCCCUGUUCUGAUAGAAAUAGAAGCAGAGUUAAUGAGGGUGAAACAGAGGCUAAGACAGGAUGUGGAAGAUGUGAGCUUGUGGAGACAGAAAGCUGGGUUUAAAGAGAAAUUCUCAACCCAUGAAACUUGGUCGUUGUUAAGGAGAGUGGGUGAGCAUUGUGCUUGGUCGAAAGGGAUUUGGUUUCCCCAAGCAACUCCAAAAUACGCUUUUGUGACUUGGCUAGCAGCAAGAAACAGACUGUCUACUAUGGAUAGAGUUUCAAAUUGGACUCAGGGUGUUGAUGAAGUAUGUGUGCUCUGCAAAACUGAGAUGGAAACUAGGAGUCAUCUUUUCUUUAGCUGUAGUUAUUCAUCUCAGGUCUGGGAAUUUCUCACGAAGGGCAUUCUUGGGGAUGAUUACUCAUCAGACUGGUCUGCUAUUAUUGCUAUUGUUGCGGAUGGGAGAUUUGAGAAGAAGAAGCAGUUUUGUCUACCUUAUGCUUUCCAAGCCUCUGUCCAUGCUAUUUGGAGAGAAAGAAAUAGGAUCAGACAUGAAGAAAAGCCUAAGCCUAUUGCAGUAGUGAAGAAGUUGGUGGAUAAGGGGAUUCGAAACAAAUUGAGUCUGUUGAGAACAAGAGAUUAG